AUGUGUGUGUGUGUGUGUUCUCAGGGGACCUACCAGGGCCAGUGGCUGGGUGGGCUGCGUCAUGGUUACGGCGUGAGACAGAGUGUUCCGUAUGGGAUGGCGGCGCUCAUCCUCUUCCCGCUCCGCACCUCCAUCAACUCCCUCCGCUCUGACCACAGCGGGGCCCCAGAGGAGGGGCCCUCCACGGAGGCCUCAGCCGCAGUGGCAGGUCUGAGUCCUGUGGGUCGCGGCGGCUUCGCUCUGAGUGCGCCCAGUGAAGCGGAGCGUCGUAAACGUAAAGGUCGUCUGCGUCAGUCCAUCCUGAGCGGCCUCAAACUGCGGCGCUCGGAGUCAAAGUCGUCUCUGGCCUCGCAGCUCAGCAAACAAAGCUCCUACUGCAGCACUGCUAGCACAGCUAGCACCGCCAGCUGCGAGCCCACCCACACCCAGGGCUCUCCGGUGGACGCCACGGUCACAGAGACCUACGCGGGGGAGUGGAGGAGUGACCAGCGCAGCGGCGUGGGCGUGGCGCGGCGCUCAGACGGGCUCACGUACGCGGGGGAGUGGUUUAACAACAAACGCCACGGUUACGGAUGCACCACGUUCUGCGACGGCAGCCGAGAGGAGGGAAAGUACAAACAGAACCUCCUGGUCAGCGGCAAACGCAAACACCUGCUGCCUCUGAGGACCAUGAGGACCAGCAAGACCAGGGACAAGGUGGACCGCUCUGUGGAGGCCGCCGACAAGGCCUGUGAGACGGCCAAGCAGAAGGCCCAGAUCGCCCUGUCCAGAAUGAGUCACGCUCGUGGGAAAGCUGAGUCUGCGGAGACUGUGGCUCAGAAAGCUGAGGAGGAGAGUCGCCUGGCCAGGGUCACCGCCAAGGAGCUGUCCCCAAGUUACCACAUCUAUGAGAACGGCCUGGAGCCUGAGCGCCCCCAGCGUCUCGGGGGUAAGACCAAAGAGGCGUCGUCUGGGAGUGAGAGUCCUCUGUGUACUCCAGGCUCCACCCCCUCCGCUCUCACCCCAGACUUCUCCCCCAUCUCCCCCUCCUCACCCCUCAAGCACCGCCCCCGAAGGACCUGCAUCCACCGACAGAGCGCCAUGGACGACCAGGCCGAGAUACAGGUGCUGGUGGAGGGGCGGGGCCUGGAGCUGCAGAGGGGCGGAACUAAGCACACCUGGGCGGAGGACAGGUGCAGCAGCCGCUCGACCACGCCCUCUCUGCUGGAGGAGGCGGAGCUUAACGGCCACCAGGCAAAUCACAAACCACCAGACCCCACCCCAACCUCCAAUCACACGCCUCGAGACUACCAUUCGCUGUCCAAUCACACCACGCGGGAGUACUCCUCGUCCAAUCACAGGACAUGGGACCACAGCUACCGGCCCCAGCUGCACGCCCUGGCCAAUCACACGGGGCCGGAACACGCGCUGCCCAAUCACAAAGCAGCAGAGCAUGUGACGUCAAAUCACCACCGCAAGGACUACGGCUCGACCAAUCACAGCGCGAGGGAGCAUGGGAACCACAAACCACAGCACAAGCACAGAGGCCCCGCCCACAAGAUUCCCCCAGAUGAGCUGCAGGAGGUGGAGAGGGAGGUGUGUGUGGAGAGGGAGGUGUGUGUGGAGAGGGAGGUGUGUGUGGAGAGGGAGGUGUGUGUGGAGAGGGAGGUGUGUGUGGAGAGGGAGGUGUGUGUGGAGAGGGUGGUGUGUGUGGAGAGGGAGGUGUGUGUGGAGAGGGAGGUGUGUGUGGAGAGGGAGGUGUGUGUGGAGAGGGAGGUGUGUCUGGAGAGGGAGGUGUGUGUGGAGAGGGAGGUGUGUGUGGAGAGGGAGAGGGAGGUGUGUCUGGAGAGGGAGGUGUGUGUGGAGAGGGAGGUGUGUGUGGAGAGGGAGGUGUGUCUGGAGAGGGAGGUGUGUGUGGAGAGGGAGGUGUGUGUGGAGAGGGAGGUGUGUGUGGAGAGGGAGGUGUGUCUGGAGAGGGAGGUGUGUCUGGAGAGGGAGGUGUGUGUGGAGAGGGAGGUGUGUGUGUGGAGAGGGAGGUGUGUGUGGAGAGGGAGGUGUGUGUGGAGAGGGAGGUGUGUCUGGAGAGGGAGGUGUGUGUGUGGAGAGGGAGGUGUGUCUGGAGAGGGAGGUGUGUGUGUGGAGAGGGAGGUGUGUCUGGAGAGGGAGGUGUGUGUGGAGAGGGAGGUGUGUGUGUGGAGAGGGAGGUGUGUCUGGAGAGGGAGGUGUGUGUGGAGAGGGAGGUGUGUGUGGAGAGGGAGGUGUGUGUGGAGAGGAGGGGUUGGAGAGGGAGGUGUGUCUGGAGAGGGAGGUGUGUGUGGAGAGGGAGGUGUGUCUGGAGAGGGAGGUGUGUCUGGAGAGGGAGGUGUGUGUGGAGAGGGAGGUGUGUGUGGAGAGGGAGGUGUGUCUGGAGAGGGAGGUGUGUGUGGAGAGGGAGGUGUGUGUGGAGAGGGAGGUGUGUGUAGAGAGGGAGGUGUGUGUGUGGAGAGGGAGGUGUGUGUGGAGAGGGAGGUGUGUCUGGAGAGGGAGGUGUGUCUGGAGAGGGAGGUGUGUCUGGAGAGGGAGGUGUGUCUGGAGAGGGAGGUGUGUCUGGAGAGGGAGGUGUGUGUGGAGAGGGAGGUGUGUGUGGAGAGGGAGGUGUGUCUGGAGAGGGAGGUGUGUGUAGAGAGGGAGGUGUGUCUGGAGAGGGAGGUGUGUCUGGAGAGGGAGGUGUGUGUGGAGAGGGAGGUGUGUCUGGAGAGGGAGGUGUGUCUGGAGAGGGAGGUGUGUCUGGAGAGGGAGGUGUGUCUGGAGAGGGAGGUGUGUCUGGAGAGGGAGGUGUGUGUGGAGAGGGAGGUGUGUGUGGAGAGGGAGAGGGAGGUGUGUGUGGAGAGGGAGGUGUGUGUGGAGAGGGAGGUGUGUGUGGAGAGGGAGGUGUGUGUGGAGAGGGAGGUGUGUGUGGAGAGGGAGGUGUGUCUGGAGAGGGAGGUGUGUGUGGAGAGGGAGGUGAGUGUGUGUGGAGAGGGAGGUGUGUGUGGAGAGGGAGGUGUGUCUGGAGAGGGAGGUGUGUCUGGAGAGGGAGGUGUGUGUGGAGAGGGAGGUGUGUGUGGAGAGGGAGGUGUGUGUGGAGAGGGAGGUGUGUCUGGAGAGGGAGGUGUGUCUGGAGAGGGAGGUGUGUGUGGAGAGGGAGGUGUGUGUGUGGAGAGGGAGGUGUGUCUGGAGAGGGAGGUGUGUCUGGAGAGGGAGGUGUGUGUGGAGAGGGAGGUGUGUCUGGAGAGGGAGGUGUGUGUGGAGAGGGAGGUGUGUGUGGAGAGGGAGAGGGAGGUGUGUCUGGAGAGGGAGGUGUGUCUGGAGAGGGAGGUGUGUCUGGAGAGGGAGGUGUGUCUGGAGAGGGAGGUGUGUGUGGAGAGGGAGGUGUGUGUGGAGAGGGAGGUGUGUCUGGAGAGGGAGGUGUGUGUAGAGAGGGAGGUGUGUCUGGAGAGGGAGGUGUGUCUGGAGAGGGAGGUGUGUGUGGAGAGGGAGGUGUGUCUGGAGAGGGGAGGUGUGUCUGGAGAGGGAGGUGUGUCUGGAGAGGGAGGUGUGUCUGGAGAGGGAGGUGUGUCUGGAGAGGGAGGUGUGUGUGGAGAGGGAGGUGUGUGUGGAGAGGGAGGUGUGUGUGUGGAGAGGGAGGUGUGUCUGGAGAGGCAGGUGUGUCUGGAGAGGGAGGUGUGUGUGGAGAGGGAGGUGUGUGUGGAGAGGGAGGUGUGUGUGGAGAGGGAGGUGUGUGUGGAGGGUGUGUGGAGGGGAGGUGUGUGUGGAGAGGGAGGUGUGUCUGGAGAGGGAGGUGUGUCUGGAGAGGGAGGUGUGUGUGGAGAGGGAGGUGUGUGUGGAGAGGGAGGUGUGUCUGGAGAGGGAGGUGUGUCUGGAGAGGGAGGUGUGUCUGGAGAGGGAGGUGUGUGUGGAGAGGGAGGUGUGUGUGGAGAGGGAGGUGUGUGUGGAGAGGGAGGUGUGUCUGGAGAGGGAGGUGUGUCUGGAGAGGGAGGUGUGUGUGGAGAGGGAGGUGUGUGUGUGGAGAGGGAGGUGUGUCUGGAGAGGGAGGUGUGUGUGGAGAGGGAGGUGUGUCUGGAGAGGGAGGUGUGUCUGGAGAGGGAGGUGUGUGUGGAGAGGGAGGUGUGUGUGGAGAGGGAGGUGUGUCUGGAGAGGGAGAGGGAGGUGUGUGUGGAGAGGGAGGUGUGUCUGGAGAGGGAGGUGUGUCUGGAGAGGGAGGUGUGUCUGGAGAGGGAGGUGUGUGUGGAGAGGGAGGUGUGUCUGGAGAGGGAGGUGUGUCUGGAGAGGGAGGUGUGUGUGGAGAGGGAGGUGUGUGUGGAGAGGGAGGUGUGUCUGGAGAGGGAGGUGUGUGUAGAGAGGGAGGUGUGUCUGGAGAGGGAGGUGUGUCUGGAGAGGGAGGUGUGUGUGGAGAGGGAGGUGUGUCUGGAGAGGGAGGUGUGUCUGGAGAGGGAGGUGUGUCUGGAGAGGGAGGUGUGUCUGGAGAGGGAGGUGUGUCUGGAGAGGGAGGUGUGUGUGGAGAGGGAGGUGUGUGUGGAGAGGGAGAGGGAGGUGUGUGUGGAGAGGGAGGUGUGUGUGGAGAGGGAGGUGUGUGUGGAGAGGGAGGUGUGUCUGGAGAGGGAGGUGUGUCUGGAGAGGGAGGUGUGUGUGGAGAGGGAGGUGUGUGUGGAGAGGGAGGUGUGUCUGGAGAGGGAGGUGUGUCUGGAGAGGGAGGUGUGUGUGGAGAGGGAGGUGUGUGUGGAGAGGGAGGUGUGUGUGGAGAGGGAGAGGGAGGUGUGUCUGGAGAGGGAGGUGUGUCUGGAGAGGGAGGUGUGUGUGGAGAGGGAGGUGUGUCUGGAGAGGGAGGUGUGUGUGGAGAGGGAGAGGGAGGUGUGUGUGGAGAGGGAGGUGUGUCUGGAGAGGGAGGUGUGUCUGGAGAGGGAGGUGUGUCUGGAGAGGGAGGUGUGUCUGGAGAGGGAGGUGUGUGUGGAGAGGGAGGUGUGUGUGGAGAGGGAGGUGUGUCUGGAGAGGGAGGUGUGUGUAGAGAGGGAGGUGUGUCUGGAGAGGGAGGUGUGUCUGGAGAGGGAGGUGUGUGUGGAGAGGGAGGUGUGUCUGGAGAGGGAGGUGUGUCUGGAGAGGGAGGUGUGUCUGGAGAGGGAGGUGUGUCUGGAGAGGGAGGUGUGUCUGGAGAGGGAGGUGUGUGUGGAGAGGGAGGUGUGUGUGGAGAGGGAGAGGGAGGUGUGUCUGGAGAGGCAGGUGUGUGUGGAGAGGGAGGUGUGUCUGGAGAGGGAGGUGUGUGUGGAGAGGGAGGUGUGUCUGGAGAGGGAGGUGUGUGUGGAGAGGGAGGUGUGUGUGGAGAGGGAGGGAGGUGUGUGUGGAGAGGGAGGUGUGUGUGGAGAGGGAGGUGUGUGUGUGGAGAGGGAGGUGUGUCUGGAGAGGCAGGUGUGUCUGGAGAGGGAGGUGUGUGUGGAGAGGGAGGUGUGUCUGGAGAGGGAGGUGUGUGUGGAGAGGGAGGUGUGUGUGGAGAGGGAGGUGUGUGUGGAGAGGGAGGUGUGUGUGGAGAGGGAGGUGUGUCUGGAGAGGGAGGUGUGUCUGGAGAGGGAGGUGUGUGUGGAGAGGGAGGUGUGUGUGGAGAGGGAGGUGUGUCUGGAGAGGGAGGUGUGUCUGGAGAGGGAGGUGUGUGUGGAGAGGGAGGUGUGUGUGGAGAGGGAGGUGUGUGUGGAGAGGGAGAGGGAGGUGUGUCUGGAGAGGGAGGUGUGUCUGGAGAGGGAGGUGUGUGUGGAGAGGGAGGUGUGUCUGGAGAGGGAGGUGUGUCUGGAGAGGGAGGUGUGUGUGGAGAGGGAGGUGUGUGUGGAGAGGGAGGUGUGUGUGGAGAGGGAGGUGUGUCUGGAGAGGGAGGUGUGUGUGUGUGAGAGGGAGGUGUGUCUGGAGAGGGAGGUGUGUCUGGAGAGGGAGGGAGGUGUGUGUGGAGAGGGAGGUGUGUGUGGAGAGGGAGGUGUGUCUGGAGAGGGAGGUGUGUGUGGAGAGGGAGGUGUGUCUGGAGAGGGAGAGGUGUGUGUGGAGAGGGAGGUGUGUCUGGAGAGGGAGGUGUGUCUGGAGAGGGAGGUGUGUGUGGAGAGGGAGGUGUGUGUGGAGAGGGAGGUGUGUGUGGAGAGGGAGGUGUGUGUGGAGAGGGAGGUGUGUCUGGAGAGGGAGGUGUGUCUGGAGAGGGAGGUGUGUGUAGAGAGGGAGGUGUGUCUGGAGAGGGAGGUGUGUCUGGAGAGGGAGGUGUGUGUGGAGAGGGAGGUGUGUCUGGAGAGGGAGGUGUGUCUGGAGAGGGAGGUGUGUCUGGAGAGGGAGGUGUGUCUGGAGAGGGAGGUGUGUCUGGAGAGGGAGGUGUGUGUGGAGAGGGAGGUGUGUGUGUGGGAGGGAGGUGUGUGUGUGGAGGGAGGUGUGUGUGGAGAGGGAGGUGUGUGUGGAGAGGGAGGUGUGUGUGGAGAGGGAGGUGUGUGUCUGGAGAGGGAGGUGUGUGUGGGAGAGGGAGGUGUGUGUGUGGAGAGGGAGGUGUGUCUGGAGAGGGAGGUGUGUCUGGAGAGGGAGGUGUGUGUGGAGAGGGAGGUGUGUGUGGAGAGGGAGGUGUGUGUGGAGAGGGGGGUGUGUGUGAGAGGGAGGUGUGUCUGGAGAGGGAGGUGUGUGUGUGGAGAGGGAGGUGUGUGUGGAGAGGGAGGUGUGUCUGGAGAGGGAGGUGUGUGUGUGGAGAGGGAGGUGUGUGUGGAGAGGGAGGUGUGUCUGGAGAGGGAGGUGUGUCUGGAGAGGGAGGUGUGUGUGGAGAGGGAGGUGUGUGUGGAGAGGGAGGUGUGUCUGGAGAGGGAGAGGGAGGUGUGUCUGGAGAGGGAGGUGUGUCUGGAGAGGGAGGUGUGUCUGGAGAGGGAGGUGUGUCUGGAGAGGGAGGUGUGUGUGGAGAGGGAGGUGUGUGUAGAGAGGGAGGUGUGUCUGGAGAGGGAGGUGUGUCUGGAGAGGGAGGUGUGUCUGGAGAGGGAGGUGUGUGUGGAGAGGGAGGUGUGUGUGGAGAGGGAGGUGUGUCUGGAGAGGGAGGUGUGUCUGGAGAGGGAGGUGUGUGUGGAGAGGGAGGUGUGUGUGGAGAGGGAGGUGUGUGUGGAGAGGGAGGUGUGUCUGGAGAGGGAGGUGUGUCUGGAGAGGGAGGUGUGUGUGGAGAGGGAGGUGUGUGUGUGGAGAGGGAGGUGUGUUGGAGAGGGAGGUGUGUCUGGAGAGGGAGGUGUGUCUGGAGAGGGAGGUGUGUGUGGAGAGGGAGGUGUGUCUGGAGAGGGAGGUGUGUCUGGAGAGGGAGGUGUGUGUGGAGAGGGAGGUGUGUGUGGAGAGGGAGGUGUGUCUGGAGAGGGAGGUGUGUGUGUGGAGAGGGAGGUGUGUCUGGAGAGGGAGGUGUGUCUGGAGAGGGAGGUGUGUGUGGAGAGGGAGGGAGGUGUGUGUGGAGAGGGAGGUGUGUCUGGAGAGGGAGGUGUGUGUGUGGAGAGGGAGGUGUGUGUGGAGAGGGAGGUGUGUCUGGAGAGGGAGGUGUGUGUGGAGAGGGAGGUGUGUGUCUGGAGAGGGAGGUGUGUGUGGAGAGGGAGGUGUGUGUCUGGAGAGGGAGGUGUGUGUGGAGAGGGAGGUGUGUGUGUGGAGAGGGAGGUGUGUGUGGAGAGGGAGGUGUGUCUGGAGAGGGAGGUGUGUCUGGAGAGGGAGGUGUGUCUGGAGAGGGAGGUGUGUGUGGAGAGGGAGGUGUGUCUGGAGAGGGAGGUGUGUGUGGAGAGGGAGGUGUGUGUGGAGAGGGAGGUGUGUGUGGAGAGGGAGGUGUGUCUGGAGAGGGAGGUGUGUGUGGAGAGGGAGGUGUGUGUGGAGAGGGAGGUGUGUCUGGAGAGGGAGGGAGGUGUGUGUGGAGAGGGAGGUGUGUCUGGAGAGGGAGGUGUGUGUGGAGAGGGAGGUGUGUCUGGAGAGGGAGGUGUGUGUGUGGAGAGGGAGGUGUGUCUGGAGAGGGAGGUGUGUCUGGAGAGGGAGGUGUGUGUGGAGAGGGAGGUGUGUGUGGAGAGGGAGGUGUGUCUGGAGAGGGAGGUGUGUGUGGAGAGGGAGGUGUGUCUGGAGAGGGAGGUGUGUGUAGAGAGGGAGGUGUGUGUGGAGAGGGAGGUGUGUGUGGAGAGGGAGGUGUGUGUGGAGAGGGAGGUGUGUGUGGAGAGGGAGAGGGAGGUGUGUCUGGAGAGGGAGGUGUGUCUGGAGAGGGAGGUGUGUGUGGAGAGGGAGGUGUGUCUGGAGAGGGAGGUGUGUGUGGAGAGGGAGGUGUGUGUGGAGAGGGAGGUGUGUCUGGAGAGGGAGGUGUGUGUGUGGAGAGGGAGGUGUGUUGGAGAGGAGGGGUGUGUCUGGAGAGGGAGGUGUGUGUGGAGAGGGAGGUGUGUGUGUGGAGAGGGAGGUGUGUCUGGAGAGGGAGGUGUGUGUGGAGAGGGAGUGUGUGUGGAGAGGGAGGUGUGUGUGGAGAGGGAGGUGUGUGUGGAGAGGGAGGUGUGUCUGGAGAGGGAGGUGUGUGUGGAGAGGGAGGUGUGUGUGGAGAGGGAGGUGUGUCUGGAGAGGGAGGUGUGUGUGUGGAGAGGGAGGUGUGUGUGGAGAGGGAGGUGUGUCUGGAGAGGGAGGUGUGUGUGGAGAGGGAGGUGUGUGUCUGGAGAGGGAGGUGUGUGUGGAGAGGGAGGUGUGUGUCUGGAGAGGGAGGUGUGUGUGGAGAGGGAGGUGUGUGUGGAGAGGGAGGUGUGUGUGGAGAGGGAGGUGUGUCUGGAGAGGGAGGUGUGUCUGGAGAGGGAGGUGUGUCUGGAGAGGGAGGUGUGUGUGGAGAGGGAGGUGUGUCUGGAGAGGGAGGUGUGUGUGGAGAGGGAGGUGUGUGUGGAGAGGGAGGUGUGUGUGGAGAGGGAGGUGUGUCUGGAGAGGGAGAGGGAGGUGUGUCUGGAGAGGGAGGUGUGUCUGGAGAGGGAGGUGUGUGUGGAGAGGGAGGUGUGUGUGGAGAGGGAGGUGUGUCUGGAGAGGGAGGUGUGUGUGGAGAGGGAGGUGUGUCUGGAGAGGGAGAGGGAGGUGUGUCUGGAGAGGGAGGUGUGUCUGGAGAGGGAGGUGUGUGUGGAGAGGGAGGUGUGUGUGGAGAGGGAGGUGUGUCUGGAGAGGGAGGUGUGUGUGGAGAGGGAGGUGUGUGUGGAGAGGGAGGUGUGUGUGGAGAGGGAGGUGUGUGUGGAGAGGGAGGUGUGUGUGGAGAGGGAGGACCACUACACGGUGGACAUGUGUCCGUCUGCCUCGGAGCCACAGUCGCCCUGCCUCAGCCGCCUCAGGCCGCGCCUGCGCCCUGUGCGAGAGGCGUCUGUGGACUCUGUGCAGAGAUUGGACCGUCUGAGCACGGGGGCGGAGCCUGAGGCCAGAGAGGCGGGGCCUGCGGAGGGGGAGGAGCCUGAGCCAUGGCCCCUGAACAGAGACGUCACUCUGUCCACGCCACUACGGUCGCCUCCCAUCAUCGACCUGGAGGCGGAGCCAGAGAGCAGGAAGGUCCACAGCACGGGCUCCAGCUCUUUCCUGGUUGUCAUGGUGAUUCUCCUCAACAUUGGAGUCGCCGUUCUCUUCAUCCACUUCUUCAUUUAG